AUGUCUUCUUCACUCUUCUUCACGUUUGGGUCUCUCUUCCUUUUGGUUUCAUGUAAGAUAUUAAAAUUAGAUCCUCAGAAAAGUAAAACGAUCACAAAUAAAUCUGUACUAUGUUCACAUGUUCGUUAUCUCCUCGCCUCCUCACUUCUUCUAAAUCUGCUCUCUCCACAGGUCAGCUGAGCUCUGCUGCUGUUAAAUUUGAUCAGUCUCCUGACCAGAUCGUAGAGGCCGACAAAGACGUCCACAUCAACUGUGAACACAAUGACACAGCUCUCACAUUCAUGCUCUGGUACCAGCAGAAAAAGGAGAGCCCGGCUCUGAGCCUCAUUGCAUAUGGAUAUAAAGACUCCCCGGCCUAUGGGCCCGGGUUUGAUAAACAGUUUGAGCUCACAAAAGAAAGUGCAGUGAAAAGAUCUCUGAUUGUAAAAAGAGUGAACACGUCGCUCUCUGCUGUGUAUUUCUGCGCUGCUAGUAACACAGUGAUGUGGUCUGACGCCACCCCCUCACUAAAAACCCUCUGCUCUUCUCUGUCAGAGAGACUCACACAGAUGAGGCAGCAUGUCUCCUGCAGUGAUCGGACUCCUACUCCUCAUACUUACAUGUAAAGACAUGAAAACAACUAUUCUUUAAAGCACAAGAUUAUUUUUUUCUGCAUAUUUCGUCUUUGUGAGUAAACUGUUUUUUUUCUCCACAGAUCAAACUAAAAGCGUCACAUUUGAACCAUCCACAGGUCCACAGAUAGUGAAUGUAACUACCAGAGUGGACUUUAAAUGCAAACAUGAUGAUGGAAACCUCUACAACAUGCUCUGGUACCAACAGACACCAAGCGGUCUGAUGCAUUUGAUCGGGUACAGCUAUGGUACAAGUGAGCCGGUCAAUGAGCAACAGUUUGAUAAAGGGUAUGAGAUUACAAGACAGGACAUCAAAACUGGAGGUCUGAUUAUUCACAGUGUGAACCCGUCAGACUCUGCUGUAUAUUUCUGCGCUGCCAGUGACACAGUGAUGUGGUUUAAUGCCACUCCCUCUCUAAAAACCUGCUUCUCUCUUUCCUGUUAAUGAGACACAAACAGAUGAGGGAGCCUUAAAGAUGUCUUCAACUGUGAUCGGGUUCCUGCUCCUCUUACUUCCAUGUAAUUUUUACUCAUAAAGUUGUGUUAUUACACUUUAUUUCUACCUUGUCUUUCAUACUGAUCAAAUUAUCUUUUUCUCCACAGAUCAAACUAUAAGCGUCACAUUUGAACCAUCCACAGGUCCACAGAUAGUCAAUGUAACUACCAGAGUGGACUUUAAAUGUGAGCAUGAUGAUGGAAAUCUCGACAACAUGCUCUGGUACCAGCAGACACCAAGCGGUCUGAUGCAUUUGAUUGGGUACACCUUCAGAACAACUACCCCGGUCUAUGAGGACCAGUUUAAAAAAGGUUAUGAGAUAACAAGACAGGACAUCAAAACUGGAGGUCUGAUUAUUCACAGUGUGAACCCGUCAGACUCUGCUGUAUAUUUCUGCGCUGCCAGAGACACAGUGAUGUGGUUUAAUGCCGCUCCCUCUCUAAAAACCUGCUUCUCUCUAUUUCCUUUUUAUUCUCAGGUUCAAGUGUCAGAGAGACAAGGCUUAAGGUAUUAGAGUCACUGAUUAAAAAUCCAUUGUUUACACUAUGUUGACCCGGCUUUUUAGCUCUUGUCCGGCUUUUUAAGCGCCCGUUAUUCCUCCAGAGUCUCCAGUAUUUACUUUGUUUCCUUGCUUGUGUCGGCAGUCGUGGCCAAAGGAGGAUUCAGACAGUUUUACGAACUUUCUGGUUGGUUUCUACUGUUCGACAUUGUAGCACGCUAACUUUGUUUGGGCUCCUGAACGACACAGGGGAGCAGCGUCUGCCUCACAACCAUCAGGUUGGGGGAGGCGGAGAACGGCUUUGUUUACAGUCAGAAAGAGCGGGCCGCUCAGAAAUGUUCAAAUGUUGACUACACAGACCAAACAAAACACAGCGAUAUUGUUAUAUUACCAAAUGUCAUCAAUAACUAAUAACUAUUGACUGAUAUUAAAAGCUUUUUUGUCAAUACACCACAAAAAUCGAUGCUUCUUCAACAGUUUCCCUCCUACCUUUAACAUCUGGAGGCCCCCCAAGGCUCUCCCCUGGAGCCUCUUCUGUUUGACAUAUGUUCCCACAGGCUGAGAGAUUGUGGAAAAUGACCAAUAAGUAAACAAAACAAAGCUGUCACACACAAAUCCACAUUAUACUGAUACCAGGAGACUGUGUCCACACACACACAAACUAUGAGUAAAUGUGCUGAACAAAUCAAGGAGUGGAUGUAAAAUAUGACUACCUUUAACAUCCUCCUGAGUCAACGCCAAAACUUCCACGACCAAACACCGAAAAACGACCUUUAACCACGAGCCACACAAGGUUAGCUUAACCGAACGUUUGAAACACCUCACUUAAAAAAACACCUGCCAUUAAAAGGGUGUUAUAUCGAAAUUCAUCAGCUAAAUCAACCAGUUAGACGGGGAAACUUUCAUAUAAGCUUAGUUAGACUUCUGACACGAUUAAAGAUGUGAAAUGGCGAAUAAUUUGUCUGAAACACGGCAGAGGACAAAAUGGUCGACGUGCUAGCAGAAGAAAUCGCGUCUUACCUCGAGGACAACAGCAGCUCCUUCUGACUUCCUGUUGUGUCGUUCAUGAACGAUUUAUUAAAAAGAACGACGUGAAUGGAAUCACUCCGAGACACGAUUCAAUCCUUUCACAGUUCAGUUGAUCUCAGCCGCGAGCCUGACGUGCCGGUCGGGAGUAGAACUGCUGCCUUUGACCAUAGACUGUUUAUCCGCCUUCCGCCAAAAAAUCUCUCGGUAAUUCCGCGUUUUCUCUCCAUUUCCUGAAACCAACCAACAUUGCGCAGUAGCGUUGUACGCACUCAACCACUUGCGCAGUAGCUUUGUGCGCCUUCGCCGAGAGUCGCUGUGACGACGCUCGGCUCAAACAGCUUGUCCCCAGGGUGGCGAAUUUUUUCCUUCUUCUUUUUUUUUAUUUUGACGGUAGGAGAAGGUCCCGCCCUUCUUCGCCUCUGAUUGGCUAGAAGUGCUGGGCUCCGAUUGGUUAUUCCUUAUGGCUGUGAAACGUCGUCUGUCGGGUUAGGGUUAGGAGAUUCUGAAGUGCGAUAAUGUUCUGUAAAAGAAGUGUACACACUCCACCACUUGCGCAAUAGCAUUGUACACAUUCAGUGGGAGAGUCACCGAGAGUCGCUGUGAUGACGCUCAGUUUGAACAGCGUUUCCCCCGGUGGACGAUAUUUUUUUUGUAGCACAGUAGGGGAAAGUCUCGCCCUCCUUCGCCUCUGAUUGGCAAAGAAACGAAUGAGUGUUUGGUAAAUGUAUUUGGUGUUCAUCGAAACAUUUUUUUUUUCAUGAGAUGUUUGGUAGUUGACCUUGAGGAACACUGUACUUGUUGGGUAAGAAGGUUACAAAGUGGGCGGAGCCUUCACAAUUGAAUAAGUCACCUGAAUUAGUCUAUGUUCACACUGCAGGUCAAUUCCGAUUUUUUAACCAAACGUGACACAUAUCUGAUUUUUUCAUGUAAGUGUGAACAGUGCAAUUCGGAUUUUUCAAAAUCCGACCCAGGCCUCUUUUGUAUGUGGACAUAAAUCGGAUAUGUAUCCGAUGUGACUGCAGUGUGGACGCUCAGGUCUCGUUCAUCCGACCGAUACAUCAUCAAUAUGCGACAAACAUUACCAUUGUUCGACAACACAAACAGGCGCGGAAAGCAAUUUGUGCGCAUGCGGGUCACUUCACGGACGCAUUCGUUGUUGUAAUGUGAACGAUCGGAUUUAACAAAUAAUCCGAAUUGCGCAUCAUAACCUGCAGUGUGAACGUAGCCUAAGAGGUCGGGUUAAUCCCAUUCCAUCAGUGCUCAUCACUGUCAAAAGAGUCUGUUCUAGAUUAAUCAAUGUAUGGCAUUUACUGCACCCAUAGUUAUUUAUAAGAAACAUAUAUUUUUAAAUAUUCUACCAUUGAUUAGUCUGUCAUGACAUAAGUCUGUUCUUUUAGAUUAAAUAAUCUUUUCUCUUCAACCAAUCAGAAUUACAGUCACAUCUAUAUUCGUACAUGAUCAUGUGACUUCUUGUCUUGAUGGUGCGGCACAGUUGCUUUGCCUCAUUCAGCCGUAGGAUGGUUCAUCGCCAACAUGUUGAUUAUUAUGCUUAAUCUGUUUCUUCUUCUACACUCAGGUGGGUUUUAUUUACUUAAUCUGGAUUAACAAAAAGAAACAGGUACUCUAAUGAUAGAGUUUCAUAACAUUUACUGGUUGUAUCACAUAUUUGGAAACUGAAUAUGGAGUUGAGACACAGUUUUAACUUCCUCCUGUUUGUGCUGCAGGUCUCACUGUUAAAGUUCUUCAGUCUGAAGAUCAGAUCUCUCGCCCAGGUCUCACGGUGAACUUUAAAUGCAGCCUGAAUAUGGGGUUUAGCAUGAGCAGCUACACCAUGUUCUGGUACCGACAAGUCCACCCUGGAGCUGAAAUAGAGUUCGUCACCAAAGAGUACGACAAAACCACGGGGAGAUUCAAGGCGACCAUCGAUUCGUUCAAAAACAGCUUCCCUCUUCAGAUCACCGGCCUGCUCCCAAAUGACAGCAGCACCUACUACUGCGCCGCCAGUCACAGUGAUGGAAAGAGAGCAGACAGCCAUACAAAUAACAGAGACACAGGUGGCUCACAGGAGGAGAUGUGGUUUAGUUUGAUAACAUAG